AUGCUGCUCACCUCUCUCCUCACCUCGACCCUCGCCGCUCUUGCUACUGCCGCGCCUACCCUCAACGUCGGAGCCGGUGUCGGUGUCGGCGCCUCCGUCCACCUCGGCAACGACCUCAAAGCCUCUCUGCAAGCUGCCGUUUUCACCUCCGUCAACAUCGGCACGUGCUACUCGCCCGAGCUCGAGGGACACGCCAAGUCUGUUCCGAAGAAGGAGGCGCGCGCGCAGUUCGUUCUGGACCUCGUCGCGGCCGUUGAGGCCAAGUACCCAGGCCACAACUGCAUCGUCUACCCCAAGAAACACGCCGGUGCCAAGAUCAAGUUUGAGAUCGACGCCGGCGUCAAGGGCAAGGAGAGCAUCAAGGAGUGUCAGGUUGAGGCUCUCGAGCUCCAGGGCAAGGCCGAGCUGUACGGCGUCGUCGUGUUCCAGGGCGCUGGAUGGCUCCAGAUCGACGGCCACGGCAAGGGUCACGGCAAGGGUCACGGCAAGGGUCACGGCGAGCACGGCAACGGCAAUGGCUACGGUCACGGCAAGGACAAGGGAGGCAAGGGCAACAACGGUGGCAACGGCCGCGGCGGCAAGAAGGACGAGGGCGGCGAGGAGUGCAACGAGUGCCAGGAGCCCGAGCCCGAGCCUGAGACUGAGGACUGCAACGAGUGCGAGCAGGGCGAGCAGGGCAAGGAGAAGGAGAAGGACUGGGGCUACGGCGGCAAGUACACCGAGCAGGAGGGCGGCAAGAAGAUUGUCUUCCAGGACUGUGGCUGUGCUUAG